AUGGAUGAUGCCGCGAGCUUUCUUCUCUUGCUCCCUCCUCCGCCAUCGCCUCCGACUAUCCCCACUCUCAAAGAACUAUAUGGCGAUACUCUUACCCAAGUCCUGAAAGAAGCCGACUUGGCUUCAAAAGACUCGGUUCAACCCUCAGUACUUGACAUUGCUCUGGCUAUACCGCAUUUGGCCGCCCAGUCUGCUAUUCCUAGAUCCGAACUUUAUGCUCCUACUCAGACUAUCUUGGCCGCUGUCUACAAACUGAUCUGUCUCAUCGCUGCUCAAGAACAGAUCAAUGUCGAAGAUGCUGACGGUGUCGAUGUUCGCAUCCUCCCAGUCGCAUGGUCUCCUCAGUCAACCUUCGAUGCUUCUGCUUGCAACACAUCAUAUGGUCCUGUGCUUCACUUGCAAUCUCUUGCUGCCAGUCAGCGCCCAUGGCAAUAUGCCUUCGGUGUUGAGAAUGAUCAGGGGGAGGUCUUUGUUCGCGCCUUCGUAGCUGCCAAACAGGCCGCUGCCAACCAUCACUGCGAUUGUCACCCGACCCCUGGAAAACCAAAAUCCGCUUCUACUCCUCGACUAUCUGCCAAGGAGCAUCAUCAUGUCGCUGUUGGGGGAACCUUUGAUCAUUUGCACAUCGGUCAUAAGCUCUUACUCACCAUGACCGCCUUUGCUCUUGACCAAACCCAGUCAGAGUCCAUCAUGACUGUAGGAAUUACAGGUGACGAGCUUCUCAAGAACAAGAAGUAUGCCGAGCAGCUCGAGAGCUGGUCCGACCGUCAACGAUCCGUUCAUCGUUUCCUUGACGCGAUUCUGAACUUUGCCUCGCCUGAGGCUGCACAGCCUGUCAUGCAAGAGAUCAAAGAACCGGGUCCAAACGGUCACGCAGUCAACAUCAAGUAUCCCAAUGGUUUGAAUAUUCGAUGCGUUGAGAUCUGGGAUCCGUUCGGUCCAACCAUUACCGAGAAAGACAUUUCCGCACUUAUAAUCUCUGCAGAAACAAGAGCCGGUGGCAGCGCUGUCAACGACAAACGAACAGAGAAUGGAUGGUCUGCGUUAGACGUUCUAGAAGUGGAUGUCCUGGACUCGAAAGAAACCUCAAGUCCAGCAUCACAGCAGAACUUCGAAGGCAAGCUCAGCAGCACCGAGAUCAGAAAGAAGCGGGCUCAAAAGACGGCUUCACUAUAGACAAAGGCCAAUGUUACCGAAAACGUCAAGGCACAUCAUGAUUUUGAUUCACGAGUAACAGAAGAAAAACUUCAGACUACCCUAGACGUAUGGAAAAGCUUCUGUCGUACCAAGUCGGCGGGCGAUUCGCCCUGCGAAGUCUUCUGAGACUACGACUCGAACGCUAUCAUGUGGUGCAACAGGAGGUUGAUUUCGUGUGUCGCAGCAGUCGACGUGCUAGGGUGCAUGCAUCGAUGAAACAGUGGCUGCUGUUGAUGCGAUUCGACACUUUGGACCCAACUGUAACAUGACGACCCUAUCGAUACACAGUAAAUAGGUAAUUCGGAGAGUCCACGUGAACAACGAUUUCUGCUGCAUGCUGGACUAGCUGUGGUUCGGGCAGCUGUUGGGGAGUUGAUAGCUUCCAGCCAACCAACAAUUGGCUGGCAUAAUGUAUGUAGUUCCCCAACCCAGCUGAGCCUUCUUGCGACCUCAUAAUCUAU